AAUGAAAAUACAUUUGCAUUCUAAUCUCAGAAUAAAAAAAGACAUAAUGUUACAAAAUAUACACUUGAAAUGAAAUGCCAAAAAGGUCGACCGCUAAUAAUUCUGUAAAGGGAUUUCCUAUCUUCAAGAAUGCAAACGUCACAUUAAAUAUUUAGUGUCUUUCCGUUAACAUUCAACCGCUAUUUGUGCUCUGUCUGCCAUGCAAAGUAGGCGCAUGCGCUCCACCCCAAAAAUGUUGGGUCUCAGCGAUACAGCAGUCAACAUGUGCCAUAAAUAUUAACCGCUUUUCCCUUCUGGCCGUGCGUGUGGGUGCAGUGUGCUCUCCGCCAGUACCACUCUGCUCUGCGUGCGUUCUCCCGCUUCCGUUCGGCACCUCCAGCGCUCAGUACGGCAGCAGGCUUCGACGGAAGUGGAACAAACCAAGCGGAAACAGACUCACGCGACAACAAAACCGAACCGAACUCGAAUAUGGAAAACUUUUACCCAGAACCGAUAUAGCACUGAUAAACGCAACUCGGAGUGAACUUUAUGAAUGGCCAUGACUAAUUGCAGUCAUCCAGCAGCAGCCACAGUCGAUGUAUGAACUUCAGUGGUGAAGGUUGUCCGGUUUUGCAGCGAAAGAUACCCGUGUUUCGGUAUCUGUAUCUGUCGGUGUCUCAUUUGAGCGGCUCGAAUGAUCCGCCUGUAAUUAUGACUGCGUGAAGAAAUCAAUAAGUGGAGGAUGGCCAGCAAGCCCAUGAGCACCAGCUGCCAGAGCAUUGCAACGGCGGCCAGCAGUGCGGCCACCACAGCGGCAGCGGUGUCCAUCUCGGCCUCCAAUGCCACCUCUGUGGGCUCCCUCAUCGCCGCCGCCUGCCAGCAGGAGCAGCCACAUCCCCACCAGCACUAUUCCCAGUCCCAGCAGCAACACCUCUAUCAUCAGAGCCAUCAGCAAGCGUCGCACUAUGUCAAUGGCACCGGCAGCUUGGGCAGGCUCAAGUUCCACAAGAGUCUCGAUGCCAGUGACGAGGAAAUCGAGUAUGCGCAGCUAUCCCGUUCUACCCAUAUCCUGGGGCGCCACAAAUCGGAACGAUAUCUGGCCUCCAAUCCGGAUGAGGACCGAAGACGUCGCACCAUAAUCGUUGAGAAAAAGAACAACUCGUAUGGGUUCACGCUGCAGAGCUACGGGAUCCACUACAAACGGGAUGAGGAGCUGGAAAUGAUCACAUACGUGGACUACGUGGAGUACGGAGGACCGGCCUAUCGAGCUGGCAUGCGUGAGGGCGACGUAAUCCUCUCCAUUAACGGAAAAGAUAUGGAGAAGGCGGACCACAAGACCAUCGUCGAGUUCAUCAAGCAAUGCGACACCAGGAUGCGGAUGGUAGUGCUUUUCGAGGACUGUGUGAGGAAGGUGGAUCUCCACAUGCGCUACAUCCAACUGCAGAGCAUGUUGCAGCAAAAGAUGAACGAGCUGGAGAGGGUACACCUCAGGGAGCGUGAGUUAUUAGAGGGCAAGUGGAAGACACACAGCUUGCCAGCGCGAAAGAAGGCCAAUGCAAAUACUUCGCCCAGUGAUGGGGAAGGAGUAUCACCCACAGAGGUGGCUGGUGAAGCUGGCUUCUACCGACCCGCUUUGUCGACCGAGGAUGUGCCCAACAUUGCGGCCCGCCAGCAUGGGGUGGGUGGUCCAGGAAUCAUACCUCCUCCCGCUCAAUUUAUGCUCACCUACCACUACCUGGAUCCCACAUACCGCUACGUCCUGCGACCUACGCACGGUAGCUCAGAAGAAUUCGUAGACGGAUUGGGUCUUCAGCGGAGCAGUAGUGAUCACCAGCCACCGGCACAGCGCUAUGUCCUCCAGCGAACCGAGUCUGUGGAUGCAAAUUCGAUGACUCAACCCACAACAACGGCUCCUACCCAAUAUCACAGCACCGCAGGUGGAUCGGUGAAGCCACCCGCACCACCUCCUCGCACCUGUGAAAAGCACAAGCCACCUGCUAAGCCACCAAAGCCAGAGAAAGAGAAAUCCUCGGGUAAGCAUUGCCACGUUGGACACUCGUGCAAUCCGUGCUUGGGUCACUUUCGCUGGAAGUCGGAGGAGAAAUCAGCAGUUCCGGCGCCGGAUAACGUGAGCUUGGAUGCCUAUGACCUGGCCAGUCCGUGCUGCGAUACACAUUGUGUGCCAACAAGAAGACGUCAUCGGCAGCAUAAGGAGCACACGCAUAAGCACAAACAUCGGGACAGGGAGCGGGUGGAGAGCAAGGAGCAGAGGGUUAGACCCAAGUCCACAUCUCAUGCCUCACCCAAUGCCAACGGGGGUGCAGGAUCUGGACAUCACCACCAUCAUCAUCAUCACCAUCAUAGCCAUGAGCAGCAGCAGCAACAACAACAGCAGCAACAACAGCAGCAGCAACAACAACAGCAGCAACAGCCCAUGCAGACUGUUCCGCACCACCAUCACUAUCCCCACCAAAUGCACAAUCCCUGCCAGGUGCAAUCCCAAAGUGGGAGCACCCGAUCCCGCUACUUUGACUUGGCAUCCGGCUUAGCCAGCCACUGUAGCUUACAUUCCUGCACCUCGAGUGAGUUUGCUACAGGAGACACUGCCUCAUAUACCACAUCCAUAAGUACGGAUACUUUGUUUUGGGAUCCCAAAAGCGAUACGGCUCAGUCCCGACAGCACUCCACAAAAUCCAGGCAGUCCUACGAGCAGCAUCCACAACAGCAACAGCAGCAGCAAACUCACCAGGGACACCACCAUCAUCAUCAUCACCAGGGGGAUUACCAUCAACGAUAUCAUGUGACCACUACUCAAAUGCAACCGCAGCAGAUCUAUCCCAACACUAUAGCCUAUGUCCAGAAACCAAAAUCCUGGGACAAUCUCGCCAACAAGGCGGGCUUUAAUGUGGGUUACGGUUACCUUGACACUGUGGCAGUUAAGCCAGCCAUAAAAAUGCAGAUUGCCCAGCAGCGUCACUCGAUGCCGCGAAGGAACCCGUACGGCAGGUACUCUACUUACGGCGAUGUGGAGAACUAUGCCCCACCGCCCACCGAGUUUGUGGGCGAGCUGACCACCACCACAACCACCACAAUCACGGCCAAGUCCACGGAGGAGCUGUUGGCCGCCUGCGAUUGCUUGACGCCUCAGCAACAGGCUGCCAUUAAGGCGGCCCAGUACCAACUCAGUCAAAAUCAGAAGCUGUCCCACCAGAACUCCUGCCAGUUGGGAUACUACUCGCAUCUGCCGCGUCCCACCACUGAUGUGGGCACCUCCACCACCAGUCAGCAGGUGCACGGCGCAGGAGAUGUCCAGACCACUUCGGAGGCCACCAGAUUGUAGGUCACAAUUGUCUAGACGUACCGAGAUCCGUCUCAAGAAUAACAUGAGUGCACCAUGGGUAGUGAUGAUCAAAUAUAUUUGGAGUUCGAUAGGCAUGUUCAGUUAAUAGAGGUUUUAAACUAAAUGUUAUUUUAAAUGAGAAAGAAUUGAAUGAGUAUGAAACAAAAUAUGGAAUAGAAUAAAAGUCGAAUCGACAUCGAUCAAUUUGAUUAGUCUGUUAAUUCAAUUUUAAUUUAAUAAUAAAAAUAGGUAAUUUUCUAUUUAAACUGAUAUCUGUAUAUUCCAUAUUGUGUAAUUUUUGACCAAAAUACAUGAGUAUUUAAGGCAUAGAUAAUUAAAUAUUUUGUAGUUUGACUAAAAAAUGUAGAAAAUUAUUUGUUUGGUAUCCAAAUGUACUCAAUGGUGAAAAAAUCUUAUUCAAAUGAGAUAAGAAUUUAAUACUCAUUUCAAACUUACCUCAUUUAAAUUAACUCAGACGCCUAACCUGUGCAUGAUUCACUUAGUUGAACCACUCAUGAGUGCACUCAUAUUCUGAUCCAAUCGCGUCUUCGAAAACCGAACAUCGAACUCAUUUGAAAUGGUAACUAGAGCCAAAUUUUAAACAUAUAACUCAGACAAAAAUCAACAUGUAGCUUAACUAUUCAAUAAUAUGUUAAGUGAGUUUUAUAAAUGUAAGAUAAAUAUUUAGCCUCCAAAAACCGCAGGACAAUACACAGAGAUAAGCCCACAAGAAGAUACUUCUAAGAGUAGAUGAUCCGGAAAUUAGAACACCUUAAGACCUAUAAAAACUAAACUUAUAGCUAUCUUACGUCUAUGAAACUCACUUUACAUAUAGGCGAUAUAACUAGGACGCUUUGACGUUUAGAUUUUUGGAUUUAUUGAAAGACUGAAAAGCCACGCGCAUAUUCCAAAUGAGAGAAAAAUCUGGCGUCUUGUAAUGAUAGAUAGAGGAUUGUAUAUGUAUUUGCCAUAUAAUAUGGUUAACCUAUCAUGCGACUAGAUACUGUUUUACAUGUAGCGUAUACACACUUAAGCAUAUAUAUUUAUUGUAUACUGUAUCCGAACAAUGUAAUUUAUUUCAUUGUGAUAGUGAAAAAGCACUUAAAACCGCAACAAUUUUAGUCGCAUUUUUAUCAAGCAACCAACCAAAUAUAAUUUAAAACGCUUUUAUGUAAUGCGAAAUGUAAAUGUUAUUGAACUUAUGUAUUGCAAUAAAACUCAAGAAAUGUGUUCAUGUAGUGUGAAACCUAGAUAAAAAUAGAAAC